AUGCAGCGGCUCUUCAACGGAAAAGCGCCCGGAUCGGACGCGAUCCCUGCUGAGACCUACAUGCAGGGUACUCCCCAACUCAUGAAUAAUCUGACGGCGCUCUUCCAGGAGAUGCGGCGUCAAGGAGAAAUCCCGCAGGAUUUCAAAGACGCCAAAAUCGUGCAUCUACACAAGCGGAAAGGUGUGACGAGGCGCCAGAAUACCUUGCAUUUACCUACCUGUUCAUCAUUCUUGAACUUACUGGUCGUUUAACUGAAUGGAAGGAACACAACACAACGCGACGCGCUCGGCAUCUGUUGGAUUAUCAGGCCGUUAGACAGUUGAUUGUAAUUCUAUCAUAACUCUGGUCUUAUUCCGAUAUCCAUAGUCUGGGAUUGACAGUUGUUUCCUUAGCGCUCGCAACAAAGGAACCCAUCAAAUCUGCGACAACCACAAAGACAUCUUCUUGCUGAACAUCGCAGGGAAAAUCUUCGUCCGCAUCCUCCUCAACAGCCUGAAUAAUCACUUGGAACAAGGUCUUCUGCCGGGAAGUCAGUGCGGCUUCCGCCGUCAUCGUGGGACCACGGACAUGAUCUUCGCAGCCCGAAAACUGCAGGAGAAGUGCCAGGAGAUGUUGGCCCACCUGUACUCUGUCUUCGCGGAGCUGACGAAAGACUUCGACACGGUGAAUCGUGAAGGGCUGUUGAAAAUCAUGCUGAAAUCCAGCUGUCCCGAGCGAUUCACUCAGAUGGAGCGUCAGCUCCACGAUGGCAUGAUCGCGCGAGUCACGGACAACGGAGCUGUCUCAGAGGCAUUCGCAGUGACCAAGGGAGUGAACCAGGGCUGCGCCCUAGCGUCCAUCUUCUUCAGUCUUAUGUUCUCUGCCAUGCUGAUGGACGCCUACCGUGAUGAACGCUCCGGGAUCCCCAUCGCCUACAGGACGGACGGCCAUCUCCUCAACCCUAGGCGGAUGCAGUUCCAGUCGUGUGCAUCCACAACCACCGUCCACGAACUUCUCUUAGCCGACGACUGCGCCCUCAACGCCAUCUCGGGAGGGGACAUUCAAAAGAGCGCGAAUCUCUUCUCCUUCGAUUGUGGGAACUACGGUGUGAUCAUCAACACGGGGAUGACAGUUGUUAUGCACCAACUGCCACCCACUACAGCCCACAAUGCGCAGAAAAUCAGCAUGAUAAGGACCCAAAUGCAAGUAAUGGGCAAUUCCACGUAUCUGGGCAGCACCCUCUCCCACAGCACCAAAAUCGACGACGAGGUCGCCCGCCGCAUUUCCAAAGUCAGCCAAGUCUUCGGUCGUCUGUAA